UCGUAGCAAUAUUAAACUACUACCGAGGACGGCCCAGACAGUGAACACCUGUGCUUGACAUAGCUGCGCGGCGCACUUGUUUUCUUGCAUGGAGUGGGUUUUCUUUUUCGCUGUCACUGCGCUUUCUGACGUGCAUAUCGCUUGCCGCCGUGCUUGAGUCUGUAUGGGUCAGUUUCUGUCAAGAACUUGCCGUUUUUUUAUGUUCCUGAACAAGAAAAGACAAAAAUGAUGGGUCGCAAGGAUGCUGCUGCUAUAUAUGUCACUGAAAAGAAGCACUUCAGCAAUGUCAAAUACCAGCGCAUGCAGCGAACUGAUGAUGGCUUCGUAGAUAUUCAGUUUCAGAAAACUCUGUCGAGGGUUCCCAAGAAGGCCAUUGCACUUGCAACUUGCCUGUUCAUUGGUGGAUCUGCACUGAUUGUCUUGGCAUCAUUCAUUUUUGCUGGAUUUUUCGACCCAAAAUAUGAUGACAGCAGCUGGCCAGUUCUUGUUCUGGGAGCCCUUAUGUUCAUCCCUGGUGCUUAUCACGUACGCAUUGCAUACUAUGCUUAUAAGAAGUAUCCAGGCUAUACAUUUGAUGACAUCCCAGAUUUUGAUUAGGUUCGCUGUUGUUGUUCUCACUGGACCAAAAAUAUUGUGUUCCUCGUCAUGACACUUGAAUUGCAUGGUCAUCCAGUAUGCUGUGCUGCCGUGGCAAGAUGCAGGUUUCCUGAUCUUAUGGACAUUAUGUACAGUUCUUAAGGUUGAAACAUGAAAUGAGGAUGAUUUGUGUGAUAAGGAAGGUGACUUAUCAUGGCUUCUGACGCAGGAAAUGCUGUGAAUGUAAACAUAUUGUAAAGACAAUAAACAUUGGUGUACUAUACUGUUCAUAAGAUUUCUGCAAAGCAAGCAGUCCAGUACAGGACUAAGCAAGUUUGCUCUCCUUUAGUUUCUUCAGCAUAGUUAAUAGCCUUUUUGGUGUUAUGUCUACUGAUGCAGGCAUCAGGGAGUCAAGAGCUUGUCCAGCUUUUUAGUCUUUACUUCCUGCAGGGAAAUUUUGUUUUCUUCCUGCAAAAAUAAACACUGUUCAACAUGCACACCAGUCAAGUCGAGAGCAUUAAAUUGUGUUUUUUUUUACUGCAAGGAUCGUAGCUGCUUGGUUGAAAUAUUUGCUUAGGUUAGUAUAUAUUUCACUGUUAUCAAUAUUUAACUUAAGCUGCUGGCUCAAUGUUUGGAGUACAGAGCACUCACUGUAUUGCAUCCCUAAGUACUGUUCUUCAAUAGGCAUUUUUAUAAUAUACUGGGUGCUGCACUUUGUACUAUCUGGAAUAUCAGUUUAGUGCAGAUAUUAUUGAAUAAUAUUUAUUGCUGGGCUAAUUGGUGCAUGAUUAUUUAUCAGAACUGUAGUUUGCUUGUGCAUGUUGCUUCUAUCAUUGCUCCUCUAUUGCUGUGCCACAUUUCUGGUAAAUAAUUAUUGAAUAAGCAACUUCAGUAGCGAAAAAACUUGGAGAACGCUUGAGCUUCGCCUUCAAGGAUAGAACACGAUAGCAUAAUCACGCCCCGUUUCCAUUGCCCUCACGAUCACUAGGCUGGCUUCUGUGGACGCCUCAACUGUGUCGCAAGGAAAGGAGCGUCUUCACACCUAACACUGGCCAUAUCAAACUCUACUAGAAUGCCUAUUGCAAGUAGAGUUGUGAAGUGCCCACUACGCCAUAAUUCUUCCUUUUGCGUAUUGGCGAUGUACCCACUACAGGUCUGCAAGGCAACACGCACACUUUCACACUUUGUUGAUGUUGUUUGUCAUGAUGGCAUGACUAUAUGUACCUGAACGCUUUGUAAUGGGUGGGCCAUUAAACCACUCACUCGUUGCACAAUUCACAUAUUUUGACACCUGGUUCAGUUCUGCGCUUCUGCCAUGCAAUAUUACGUGCGUUAAGGAGACUCAUCGCGCUACAUGCCAUUCGUAUAGGUUUUUUUUUUUUUUCGGGAUAGUUUCAAGCACUGGCAUGGCUCUGUGGUAGAACACCUACUUGCCACACAGAAGACCUGGGUUCAAUUCCAGUUCGAACGAAAUAUUUUUUAUUAUUUAUUUAUUUGCAUUUAUCUCGAAUUUUUGCUCACGGACAUUGCUGAUUUUUCGCUCACAACCAACGACGUCGACGCUGAAAUUUCUGCAAAAUGAGCUCUCUCAUGCUAUCGCGUUAAUAUGCAGUGUAGCCUGCGUUAAUAUGCAGUAAAUCAGAAAGGUGCUGGGUGUGAUCAGAAGCUUUUCUUAUGGCAGAACCUGUGAGACUUCCUCUGUAGCUUCGUGUUGCUUUUGUUUUCCCUUUUACAUUGUGUGAUCUGGCACUUUCUUCAUUUUAAAUAGAAGAUUAUAAAUUGUUGGCGAGGGAUAGACCUUUCUAGUGCCUUUGUGUUGCCUCUGUAUGGAAUCAUGUUGUUAUGGAUUACAUGUUAAGUGUAGAUUAAUUGUUCAGUCUAGUAGGCUGAACUAUUGUGCCAGAUAAUUUUUUUUUGCAGCAUUGGGUGCUAAAGAUUUGUCGUUACUUGUCAGACUCAUCAUGCACUUAUAGAGUGCCACUUUACUGAACUCCAUUGCCAGAAUAUUGUACCCUGUGCUUUCUGGUAAUUGCCUCCUACUGUUCACAAGCUUCCCACAAAAACUGGGCAUUAGCACUCAACAAAUGGACAGGCUGUGUGACUCUUUUGACGCUCACUUUCCAUAUUGAGAAACUAGCUUAAGCUAGAAUGGAACUGAGGGUGCACCACUACCAAGCAGCUACUCAGGCCUUGCUGCAAAAUGCCAUCUAUUUAGAUCCGCUAUUGUAAGCAAGUGCAGUCGAAAGUUGACAUCUUUUGAAUCCACAGUAGCAG